AUGGUCUCCGUACCGUCCCUCCCCUCCCUUCCAUGCAUAUAUACAGCGGAUCUACACUUCGCACUCGCCGCGCCCCCUUUCAAAGACUCUUCGUCGCCCGUCGCCUCCAUCAUGACUGCUGUCAGCAAUGCAGCAGCCGUGCAGGCCACCAGCGGUGCCAACGGGGGCAGCGCGGUGGUUACGUUCUUCACAACCACCUACUCGAAGCCUAUGCCGGAGCAGAGCUUCUCCGUACCCCUCAACGUGUUGCCAGACGGACUCAACCAGCUCGUGCAGAACGUGCUCGGUGUUGAAGGGCAGAACUUCGACUUUCUCUACAAGGAUGAGUACAUUGGUACGACGCUGUUUCGCUUUCUGCAGCGCCGCGGCAUCAGCUGCGAGGAGCUGCUCAAUAUCGAGUACACCCCCGCCCUGCAGGCCAAGGAGGGCAACUUGCUCCCGCACGAUGACUGGGUAAGUAGUGUGCGUGCCCCGUACCGCAAUAACGCCGAGCUUCUCUUGACCGGCUCCUACGACCACUGCGUUCGACUGUGGGACGGCGACAGCUGCCUCGCCCUCGGCUCCUUCCAUCGCGAGGCUGUUAAGGAGGUGGCCCUCCACCCAGUGGCGCCGGCCAGCAGCAAGACCGGUCGCAAGCGCACCAGGCUCGACGGGGACUUCAUGUUCGCCAGCGCUAGCAAGGACGGCAGCGUUGCAGCCUGGAAGCUGGACAGCACCAGCAGCCACAUGCAGCUUCUGGGGUCCAUCCAGGCCCACACCGACGGCGUCGACUCAGUCGCCAUCGCGCCAGGUGACGGCAGGCUUGUUGCCACGGCCUCCUGGGAUACCACGGUGAAGGUGUUCAACUGGGAACAGAUGAUGGAGGGUGACACGGUGCCGUCGAAGAAGGCGCCGCUUGUGACCUUCACCGACCACAGUCGUCCAGUCUUGUGCAGCCGCUUCUCUGCUGCCCAUGGCGCCGCACGGCUCUAUUCGGCUGGCUAUGACGGCCACAUCAAGUGCCUCGACACAGAAGCAGCGCAGCUGCAGUCUCAGUUUAAAGGCGACCACCCCAUCAACCGCAUUUCCGUGAAGCCGGCAGGCAGCAGCCCAGCAGCAGACCUUCUCCUCUCCGCCUGCACAGACAACCGUGCCCGACUCUUCGACACGCGGCAGAAGGAUGUGGUGAAGACUUUCAGUGGUUCUUGCCAGUGGCUCUACAGCGUGGUGUGGCUGUGGGAUGCGCAGGAGGGUGACGCCGAGCACAGCGGGGGCAGCCUCUUCGCAGUAGCCAGCGAAGACGCCACGGUGCGCGUGUAUGACCUGCGGUGCACCAACACGGCUUUGCUCACGCUAGAUGCGAUGCACACGGAUGGCGUGCUGGACGUCACGUACGUGGGGCAGUCGAUUAUUGCCAGUGGUGGUAAGGAUAACAAGACGAGGUCGUUCGCCCUUAGUAAGGAGGGCCUCCUCAGCUAA